AUGUUAUAAUUACCUAUUAAUAAUAGAACACCAGGAUAAAAUUUUAGUUUUAAUUAGUUUGCUUCUGCACCUAAUUCUCCCGAUAAAAACACACCGAGUACGAUAAAGGAUUAUAUAAAAUAUCGAUAACGAAAUUUGCUGGAUUUUGUUAAAAGUCGAUUAUAGAGUCGGCAAAAUAGUCCAAAAAACCUUUUUAAGGUGGAUCUAAUCUAGUUUGCGAAAAAGAAGUAUGACAGCAUGCCCAGUCCCAUAAUGGGGGAACAUAAAUUUUUAUCAACUUAAAGAUCGAUUGGCGAUUCGAUUCAGAUUGUGAAUGGGUAGGGAAUGACAGAAGAUACAUUAUUUGAUGAAAUAAUUGAUUUGGAGAAUGCGAUUAAUUCGAAUAUAUACGAGAAGAGGGUGAUGGGAUCUUAGAAACAAAUAAAUCAUUCAAUCAUGAAGAAGGAAGUAACUGAAGAUGGUUAAGUGAAAAUUAAUCAAUAUACAAUAUUACAGGAACUUGGCAAGGGAUCGUUUGGGAAGGUGAAGUUGGCUAAGGACAACAAUAGAAAAUAUGCAGUGAAAAUAUGUGAUAGGAAGAAGUUAAAAUUAAGGUUACUGUCAAGCAAAAUGGAUGCCUAUUCAUUGUUGGACAAGGAGAUCGCAAUAAUGAAGAAGGUGGAUCACGAAAACAUAGUGUAACUGUAUGAAGUAAUUGAAAAUCCGAAUAACGAUAAAUUGUAUUUGGUCUUGGAAUACAUGGACGGACCUUAACUCUUAUCAAUUAAAAAUACGAACAUUGAGACAAUUUGGAGAUUAUUUCGAGAUUUCAUGUUGGGACUAGAAUAUCUGCAUAAUUUCGCCAAUAUUGCCCAUAUGGACAUUAAACCUGAAAAUCUACUGUUGAACUAGGAACUGAGAUUGAAAAUAGCUGACUUCGGAGUCUCGUAAAUUAUGGAUGACAAUUUGGUCAAGUCUAAAAUAGGGACAUCAGCUUAUCAACCUCCAGAAGUGUUCACUGAAGACCAAGUAAGAGGCAAGCCAAUCGAUGUUUGGGCUGCUGGGUUGACUUUGUACCAGUUAGUAUAUAAUGAGCACCCUUUUAUUUCGUUAAGACAGGAUCAAUUGAAGAAUAACAUUCUCACUCUAAACAUCAAGUGGAGGGAAACUUCAGACUUAACAGAUUUACUCAAAAGAAUGUUAGACAAGAAUCCCAACACUAGAAUUACAACCUAACAAGUGUUAGAACAUCCUUGGGUGACCAAAAAUGGUCGGUUCCCUCUAAAAAAUGAGUACCAAGGCAACUUUUGUGUUACUGAGAAUGACAUUCAUAAUGCCAUCACAAGGUUGUCCUUCAACAUGGCUAUUAGAACUUUAAAUAAAUUGAAAUAGAAGCUAAAUUAAUCUCGCUAGCGAUUAAAAUAAAGAAAGGCUUAGGAAUCAUGA